AGGAAGCGUGGGCAUUUUGUUUCCAUCCAUGUUGCAUGAUGACAUUUAGAGCUUGAGUGUUAUCAUACAAGGUGGUAACUGUUUUCCAUACCAUCCACUGGGUGGCGCUUCACUUGAUGUGGCUGGGCUAUAAGAAGGACCGUUGACCACAAUUACUCCAGUUCUCGAGAUUUUGGCCAAGAUACUGACCACAACACCAGUGCAAGAUAGCGAGAAACCUGUGUCCAGUUUUAGAGACAACUCCUAACACUAGGGGAGUCAUACCGCGUUUAGGAACGUGUGUGAAGGUGAACCUGUGUUGUGCGCUCAGAAAAUAAGUAGUAAAAGUUCAGUGCGUAAGUUGGUGUGAAAUCGGAGAAAGCUUCCGAAAAUGGACCAGCAGACAAUUAGUUUGAUGACCAUAUUUUCUCUUCUUUCAUUGGCUCUUAGUCGGCACUUGCAGCCUCUUCGAGUACAUCGUGAUACGAUGGCUGAACCAGUGUCGCAAGAAGACUUAAAAAUCGACGACAAUCCACUUUUGAGGCAUCAUUUACGUUUAGCCACAACUCCCGCUCCUGUCGUAUCUGUGUUACCUUUCGAUCAUAACGUCCUGUCAUGCCAGGCUGUGGGAAACCCGCCUCCAACUAUCCACUGGUUAAAAGAUGGGGACAGGAUAAUCCAGGGCACUUUAGACAGUAUUCAGUCGGAUGCAAUGGAUGAUGGGAACUUUAACAUACCUCCAUUGGUUGGAACUAGCCAAACCUGGUCCCGAUUGUUUCUUGAUUGCCUAACUCCUCGCGACGGAGGUACCUACACGUGUGUAGCAGAGACUCCUUACAGCCGAGUAAGCAGUGACACGAGAUUGGACAUUUCUGAACGAGGACUGAUCCAGUUGGAACCUGUCUGCCUGAAACAAGGAGUCUUUGGUUUUCCAGCAAGAAUUUACAUGUGGACACGAUUUCGUUUUGAACAACAAGGAAGUGACGUUCAGUUAUUCUGUCGCAGUUCUGGUCUACCCGAACCGGAAGUGACAUGGUCACGUGGUGAUGACAGCAAACCUCUUGAAAAUGACAAGAAACACAUCGUGCUGGAUAAUGGAGAUUUACUGAUACGAAGCAUCAGGUGGGAAGACAUAGGUAUCUACACCUGUACUGUUCAGAAUGCCCUCGGGUCAGAUACGACCUUGACAUUUCUGUACCCAGUAAAGCCCUAGAACAGGAUUUACAAGAAAACCUACACCGUUUUUUUUCAGAAGUCUUGAAAAACGCGUUCUUUGUGACCCGACGUAAUCUUUGUUAAAUAAAUAUCGGACAUUUAAAUGUCAGUGUAAUCAUUAAAAACAUAUUAUUUUGUAUAUAUUCGUUGAACCAUUUUCCUGAGUUACGUAUUAAAAAUAAUCGUGUCAUCAUAGGUGUGGCAGCACAUUAUUACAUCUGUCGCACCAAUGCUUCUUUUUGUGCUGUUUCUUUCCUUUGUAGAUACCCUUUCUUUAAAUUAGGAAAUUAUGUGCAGUUGCUUUUAUAUUUAUUGUAAAUAUUGGAAAAACCAUUAUGUAUUGCUGUUUAUGUUCCCUUAAGAAACGACAUUAAAAUUUGUACAAAGUCGUCUGAUA